AUCGCGGCACACGUGGCGGUUUGUUUGAUCCGAUGGAAGAAUCUGUUAUAAAAUGGGAAACAGGAAUACAGUUAUUAGCAAGACUUGGAUCUCGAGAUUAUCUCGCUAAUCUUGAUCCAGUUAUAUUUCCAAAUUUACGUCCAAAACAAGUAGUUGAGGUUUAUGGUAAAGCAGGAUCAGGAAAAACUGAAAUUUUGUAUCAUUUCAUUAGUCAAUGCAUACUUCCAAAGUCUUGGAAUGGAAUAAUACUGAAUGGAAUUGACUGUAAUGUCUUACUUAUUGAUAAUGAUUAUCACUUUAACCUGCUGAGAUUAGUUACACUAAUAGAGAAGCGAAUUCAUCGGGAAAAUUCAAAAAGACACGAUAAUGUUAUUAAUUUGCACGUUAACAAUGUAUUGAGUUUUGUUAAAGAAAGAUUGCAAAAAUUGCAUAUACUGAAAUGUUCCAACAGUGAACAAUUUCUUAUCACAUUGUGCUCAUUGGAAAAAUUAUUAACAGAAAAUGAUAUAAGUGUUAUAUUUGUAGACAGUAUAUCAGCAUUUUAUUGGUUAGACAGAAUGAAUUUUAUGGAUAAUUAUAAGAAAUUAGAGGAUUAUUAUGGAUCUAUGGUGAUGACUUUAAAGAGACUAGUUAAUGAUUAUAAUCUGAUUUUGAUUGCUACUAAACAAGCCUUGAUGAAAAAUACUGAACCUGAAAGCGUGGCAAAUAAAAAUGCACCACCAAAUAUAUCAUUUGAUUUCAUGGGAAAACAAUGGAAAAAAUUAGUUGAUUAUUGUUUAUUUUUGAAAAAUAAUGUUGAAAAUAAUAAAUCAUUUUUAAGCAUCUCUGUUAUUAAUGAAAAUAUGCAAAUUAACUUGAAUGCUAAAAUUACAGACUGUGGCUUAGAAUAUAUGUAAAUGUUUAACAUUAUUUUAAAUAGUCUAAUAAACAAAAUAUUUUGUAAUUUAUGUUUUCUGCUGAAUUUUAAUGUACCAAUAAUAUACAGAUAUACCGUAACUUACAAUGGUCUGCUG